AUGGCGUUGGUCAACAACCUCUUUGAUGGAAGAGGAUAUCAAGAAUGGAAAAGGUCCAUUCUGCUUGCUCUAUCUGCAAAAAACAAGUUGGGGUUCAUCACUGGACCUCAAGCCAUACAACCAUAUUCAAAUUCUGCAAAUUGGCAGUCUUGGAGCAGAUGCAAUGACAUGGUCACUGCUUGGCUCUUAAAUUCACUAACGAAGGAAGUGGCUGAUAGUGUGAUGUAUUCAAGCACAGCAAAAGAACUUUGGAUGAGCUUGGAACACAGAUUUGGACAAACUAAUGGUGCCAAGUUCUUUCACCUGAAAAAGGAACUUAGUAGGUUAACACAAGGAAAUAACAACAUUGAUGGAUAUUUCACCAAGCUCAAAAAGUUAUGGGAUGAGCUUGAUUCAUUAAAUUUCACUACUAAGUGCACAUGUGCUUGUGUUUGUGAAGUAAAGCACAAGUUAGAGAAGUCUAUGCAAGAUGAGAGACUUAUGGAAUUUCUUAUGGGGCUAAAUGACACAUAUGCACAAGCAAGGGGAAAUAUUUUGAUGAUCAAUCCCUUGCCAGACAUUGACCAUGCUUAUUCUUUGAUUCUGCAUGAUGAGAACCAGAGGGAAACCUAUAUGACUCCUCUUACACCCUCUGAUUCUUCUUCAUUCAUGGUGAGUAAUGUGAAUCAGUACAAGGGUUCUCAGGUUAUCAAACAAAAUCAAAGGUCUGCAGGACCUUCAUACAGAUCUGGGAACUCAUAUCCCAGGAUGAAUGCUCCACCACAAUCACAAAGGUUUCAAAAGCAAUAUCAGUUUAAGAAUUUUAAAGGGAAGAGAUCAAAGUACAAUCCAAAUGUAUCAUGCAGUCAUUGUGGAAAAACAGGACACACCAUAGAUGACUAUCACAGACUACAUGGAUAUCCUGAAGAUUUUUAA